UAUGAAAAUGACUACUGCAGGUCAUUUUAUUUUAAUCUGUCGUUUUUAGCCUAUUGUAAUGUAGAUAGGAAAGGAAUUCACACGUGAAGCUGAUUUUCUCCCCAAACCUGCUCAGUGAGCGUCUCACCCAGUCCCGGUUAAACCGGAGAGACAGACACCAGUACACCAGUUAACACCCGGGUGUGUGAGGAAUAGAGAAGAGCGGAUUAAAGCAAACUUUAUUUAACUCAUACCCAAGGGCAUCAAAAUAUAAACCCUUCUAAAUUUACUCAGAGAAGCAUGAGCGGUCGUCUGUGGACCGAAGAGCAGUUUAACUGCCCCGUCUGUCUGGAUGUACCCACCGACCCCACGACCAUCCCGUGCGGUCACAGUUACUGCGUGGCCUGCAUCGCGGAUUACUGGGACAACGAGGGUAGGAAAAACGGCACCUACAGCUGCCCGGAAUGUCGGCAGGCUUUCAACCCCCGACCCACUGUCUGCCGGAAUACCAUGCUGGCCGAAGCCGUAGACCAGCUCCGUCGGGGCACCCUCAGCACCUCCGCGCGCGAGUCCAUCAAAAGCGCUCGACGGGCGGCGUCUUCUGCGUCCGAACGGGCGCGCGCGCGAAACGGCGGGUCCCCCAAACGGCUGCCGGCAUAUGCAGCCCCCUGCGACCGCUGCGCGGAGCCCAGAGCCGCCGUCAAGACGUGUCUGGUGUGCAUGGCGUCGUUCUGCGAGGCGCACCUGAAACCCCACGACACGCAACCUAAGCUGAAGAGCCACGAGCUGAUCGCGCCCACCGGAGACCUCAGCCAGAAGAUCUGUCCCGAGCACAAAUACCUGCAAGAGUUUUUCUGCCGCUCCUGUCAGAUGUACGUGUGCUGGCUGUGCACCAGCAACCAGCACAAGGGUCACGAGAGCGCGUCCACGCAGACAGAGCGCAACGAGAAGCAGAAAGAACUGGGCCCAGUCCUGUCUGAGAAUCAACAGAGACUCCAGGACAGAGAACGAGAGCUCAAAGAUAUGAAGAAAGUUUUAGACACACUCACGCGCUCCUCUGACGUGGCGAAAGAGGAGGGAGAUGCGGUCCUCUCUGAGCUCCAGGAGUCAGUGCAGAGGAUGCUGGAGCUGCUCCAGGACGUGAUGCUCUCUGCUGGACAGGAGAAGCUCAAUGAGGCCCAGGACGUGGUCACCAAACUGGAGGCUGAAGUCAAACAGCUGAAGAAGAAAGAUGCCGAGUUGAAAGAUAUUAUCAACUGUCAGGACAAUAUCUACUUCCUGAAGACGUACCAGUCUCUGUGUUCCCCUCUGGAAGGGGGGGAGCUGGGGGCCAUAACCGCGAAUCCAGAAGCCACGUUUGAUCCUGUGAGAAACAUCGUUGUGCAACUCAGAGAGAAAGUGGAGGAGAUGUGUGACCAAGAGCUAGACAAGAUCAACAAGACAGUUUACAACACCACAUCGUUCACAGUGGCUGACCGACAAAAGACGGGAGGAAUUAUGAAACUGUUCUCUGGAAAGGGGUCAAAAGCUACUCGCGCUCAAGGACCCUCACCAUUGCCGUCAGUAAGCACACGAGGAUCAGGUACAGGUGUAACCACACGCACUCAAGCCUUAAGAAACAAUGAACCACGAGUUAACCGAGCAGUCACAAGCUCUCCAAGACCAGAACGGCCCAUGAGCGAGAAUAGAGAUGACCCUGACAGAAGUCGAACUUCAAUGAGACCAAGAGAGACACAGAGAAGAAAUGAACAAGAACAUAAUGAUGCAGCAGACACACGGAGUUUAAGUUCAGUGAGAUCAAGAGGUCGACAGAGACCAGAACAGAAGGAUCAGGAAAGAGAAAAUCAGGCAUCUCAAAGACGUCAAAGCACCCAAAGUAGAGUCAACCGUGAUGAAGAACAAGCUGACAGCUGGAGUAUCAGUUCAUUCGGAUCUAGACAAGGACAGCCGGGAGAAGAGAAGGAACAAGUCCCAGCGGACCGCUGGAGUUUAAGUUCACUCAGACCGAGACAAAGAAGAGACGACAGAGAACAAGCCAACGGAGAGACGCAGAAGUCGCAACACAAAACAAACACAACAGACAGACAACAACCCGCUAGACAAUCUGACAGAUGGAGUCUGAGCUCUCUGCUACCUAAGAACAGGAAGAAGCGACAGGACACGGUAAAAGAGGCCACACCCACUAUAAAGGAGGAGACAUCAGUUCCUCGUAGACUCUCCUCUGCAAGUGCCUGGGGAGUGCCAACAGAAGUGAAUCCUGGUCUCUUCCUGGACUCGCCUAGUGAGGAACCAAUGAUGAAUCCGGCUUUUCCCACAUUGAGAGAAAUUAACAUGGACAGCAUUCAGGCUGCGGAGCCCAGAACCAGAGAUGAGAUCCUACAAUACGCGUGCGAUUUGACCCUGGAUCCAACCACGGCCCAUCGGCGUCUAGUUCUCUCCGAAGGAGACACCGUAGCUACCCUACAGCAGACAUCUCUGGGCUACCCUGACCUCCCCCAGCGCUUUGACGGCUGGACUCAGGUGCUCUGUCUCCAGCCCCUCUCUUUUGACCGCUGCUACUGGGAGGUGGAGUGGAGGGGGCGUGGCUCCUCUCUGGGCGUGGCCAGCAGCAGCAUGGCUCGUAAAGGGGCGGAUGCUGGGGCGGGCUUGGGAUAUAACAACCAUUCGUGGAGCUUGGAACUGUCAGACAUGUGCUGUGCAGCCAUGCAUGCCAAUCAGAAAAUAGAGGUGCCUGUGAUCUAUUCCCCCCGCGUGGGGGUGUUUCUGGACCGAACCGCAGGAACUCUGGGAUUCUACAGCGUGGAUGACAGUCUGGUUCCAAUACACACGUUUCAUGGCACAUUUCCACCCCAGCUGUUUGCUGCGUUCGGGGUGGGCUGCGGAGUGGGGGUGGGGCUGGAUUUCGCAAUGGGACAGUUUAGCUCGACAUCAGACAGCAUUAAAAUCUGCCCAUUGUGAAUGACGGGUAUAUUUUAGCACAACAAUAUAAAAAAGCUACUUCAUUUGGGAAAUAUUGGUAACACUUUACAAUAAGGUUCCAUUUGAAGAGUUUGGUUCCAAAAUGAGAUUUUUCAAAAAUAAUGUUUUUUUAUUGUGCAUUCCAAUUAAUAUCAACCAAACUGCCGUUGGUUUGUUUUGAUUUAAGCCACAAUAACAAAAAAAAAAAACACAGCUAACACAAUAAAAUCAUGAUAACAUAAUAAAAAACAUGAUUUUUCAUGAGUCGUCUCAUUUUGGAACCAAACUGUUCAUUUGUAAAUUAGGUAACUACUUUAGUCAACAUGAACUAACAAUACUUCUACAGCAUUAAAUAAUCUUUCAACAUUAACUACAACGUGCAAUAUAUGUAUGUCGACGCUGUCCUUCUGAAACCUCGUAUAUCCAAAUUCGUUGUUUUUCAGGAAAUGGAAAAAACACAGUCGUUUUUAAAUUAUUACAUAUUCAAAGUUGACAAGCACUUUUUAACACUUGGUUUUUGGUUAGAUAUUAGCAAAACCAGCGACAAACAGAAAGGAUGACUAAUAAUAAUAAUUUAUUUAUUUAAAAAUCAUGAAAUAUGGAGAUACGAGGUUUCAGAAGAACAGCAGUGAUAUUACAAAUAAACCAGAAUUUUUUGUUAGUUAAGGCACAAUUAUUAACUAACAUUAAGAAAUAAUAAAUGCUGUAAAAAUAUAAAAUAUAUGUUGUUCAUUGUUACGUAAAGUUGGGAUGGAAGCUUAAUGCUUUAAGUCAGUGGUUUUCAAACUUUUUCGUUGCAAGGCCCCCUUUGUGUAGAGUGCAUCGCUUUGCGGCCCCCCAAAUAAAGACUUAUAAUCUUAAAUUUAACAGUUUUAUUUAAACAAAAACAUAUUCGGUUAUACAAUGCUGAAACAUCAAUUCUUUUGUCUGGUGGUCUUAUUUUUCUGAUGUUUGACUGCAAAAAAUCUAUGAUCAUUUUCUAUAUUUCAUAAAAUGCCACAAAAUCUGUGGCCCCCUGGAUCCAUCUCGGGGCCACCCCAGGGGCCACGGCCCCCAGUUUGAGAACUACUGCUUUAAGUGUUACCAAUUAUUUUUGCAUAAUAAAAUAUAUUUAGAUCCACUAAGAUGUUUUGCAUCGUUGAAAAUGAAAUAGUCAUGAAAAUAUUGCACAAACAAAAAAUGUAAGUUUUUUUUAUUUUGUUCAUGCAAUAUAUGGGGCGGUAUCCCGGACAGGGUUUAACUUAAACCAGGACUAGGUUUUAGUUAAAUAAGGACAUUAAAGGAGUUUUUACAAACAUGCCUCACAAAAAAACAUUACUUGUAUGCAUUUAGAGACAAAGUAGAAACAAUGUCACUGAUGUAUUUUAGGAUAUGUCAGUGCAAGUUGUUUUUAUUUAAGACACCUCUAGUCUAGGACUAGUCUUGAUCCCUGUCCGAGAAACCGCCCCAUACUGUACAAGUAUUUAUUUACUUGACUUAAAUAAAAGGUUGAUUUUAAAA